CGAAGGCCGUCCAAAGCGAUUAACCAUGUCACAAGCACCACUGCUUCUCCUCCUAGUUAUACCCUGCAGUGCGGCGCUCGUUGCCUCCGGCGCGUCGCUUCUGCCACCAGCUCCCGCGCCGAGGCCGGGGCCGAACUGUCCUACCAAGUGCGGGGACGUACACAUCCCCUACCCUUUCGGCGUCGGCACCGAGUGCUCUUUCCCCGGCUUCGCCGUCACCUGCGACGAGACGACGAGCCCUCCGAGCCUGUUCACGGGCAACUUAGAGAUCGCCAACAUCACGCUGGAGAAAGCGCAGAUGAUCGGCUAUGUCCCCUUGACCUACACCUGCCAAGUCCCGGUGAGCAAAGGCAGGAUCAACACGACCACGAAGAGCAUGGCCUUGAGAUUCGCUCCCCAAUUCCUCAUCUCUCCGACAGACAACGUGUUCACGUCCCUCGGGUGCAGCUCGAUCGCCGUCCUCCAAGGCAGGGUCCAGGGCCGGGACCGGUACCAGGGAUCGCCGUCCACCCGCCGCGCGUACCCCACUGGCUGCAUCUCGGCGUGCGCCAGUGUGGACGAGACCGGGGAAGACGGCGCGCCGUGCCGCGGAUACGGCUGCUGCGAGGCGCCGCUAACGCCCGGUCUCAACCAAGUUAGUUUGGACUGGAACAGAGGCUCCCUCGGGGGCACGGAUAACUGGUGUCAAUAUGCCUUCGUCAGCGCCAAAGGCUGGUACAAGUACAGCAGAAAAGAUCUCAUUGGAAAUAUGACAUUCUCCAACAGACUCGGACCACGCGAUGUCAUCCCACUAGUUCUUGAUUGGGCAAUCAGGAAUGGGAGCUGCCCACCUUCUGAUAGCGACAAGGAAAGUGUUCCCUACGGCGCUUGCAUUAGCACCCACAGCAAAUGUGUUAAUGCGAGCAGUGGUGCAUUGGGCUAUUUCUGCAACUGCUCUCGAGGAUAUGCCGGCAACCCCUACAUUCUAGACGGAUGCACAAAUAUUAAUGAGUGCGAAAGGAAGGACCUUUUUCCUUGUAGUGGCGGUACAUGCCACGAUGAAAUAGGUGAUUAUAAAUGUAUAUGCCAUUUUGGGCGGAGAGGUGACGGUAAGAGUCCCGACGGAUGUGAAGCUAUAUUGCCAACGGCCGCAGUGGCAGUGAUAGGAACAACCAGUGCCAUGGCAUUAUUGGCAGUGCUAUUGAUAUUCUUACACAUGAAUCGUGAGAAAAGAAAGUUAAGAGAUCAUUUUAACAAGAACGGAGGCCAGUUACUCAAAAGCAUCCAGAUCGAGAUUUUCACACAGGAGAAGCUGAAACAUAUCACGGAGAACUACCGUUCCUUCAUUGGCAAAGGUGCGUUCGGCAAUGUAUACAAGGGAACCACUGAAAACAACACCCAUGUUGCCGUAAAAUGCUCCAUCCCCAUCAACAUGGACCGGCAGAAGGACUUCUUCGUGAAUGAGAUCACCAUCCAGUCCAAGAUGAGCCACCGGAACCUAGUCCAGCUGCUGGGCUGCUGCCUGGAGACGGAGGUACCAAUGCUGGUUUAUGAGUUUGUCCCUAGGGGGAGCCUCCACGAUGUGCUCCAUGACAAAAGAGACCCUCUCUUGCUGGAAACACGUAUCGAUAUUGCUAUAAACUCUGCGGAUGCACUCGCAUACAUGCACUCGCAGGCGAGCCAGAAGAUCCUACACGGAGACGUUAAGUCCGGAAACAUCCUGCUCGAUGAUGGGUUCAUGCCCAAGGUGUCGGACUUCGGGACGUCUCGGCUCAUGUCCAUCGACAAAGACCACACCAACUGGGUGAUCGGGGAUAACAGCUACAUCGAUCCCGUGUUCAUAAAGACAGGGCUUCUCACGGAGAAGAGCGACGUGUAUAGCUUUGGUAUUGUGCUCCUAGAGCUCAUCACUCGCAAGAAGGCCAGGUAUGAUAAAAACAACAGCCUCCCGAUAAACUACUUGAAGGCUUCAACCAAUGGGACAACAAAGGAGAUGUAUGAUGCGGACAUUAUUGUGUCCGGUGCAGAGGAGGAUAUGAAGUGCCUUGAGGAAGUUGGUAUGGUUGCAGUUCACUGUCUUGCGGAAGACGUGAAUGAUAGGCCUACUAUGAAUGAAGUCGCGGAUGAACUGAAAAUGUGCAAGUCCCGGUGGUUGCAGAGCCAUGACCAGGCCAGCGAGCUCUGUACUUAGCGUACGUGUCCUCAUGCUCGUCCGUUCAUCAAGCUACAUUCUGUUGGUCGUGUGACCCAUGGAAGUGUUCUACUAAUUAAUGUUUGAUACUGCAAUUUUAGUUUUCAUGCCUUCUCCCUAUUGUAUAAUGUUGCGUUGUCACUUUCGCGUUGCAUAUCUUAGUGUCGUGUGGAACUACUGUUAAAGUUUGUUAGUAACCCAGUCUAGGGAUAUAUUGGUGUCCAUAUCUUGUAUAUGACACGGUUCCUGAUAUUGGUGCACAUGCACCACUUUAUCUAUACGGUGCUCUCGAGGUAUCA